GUCGAUGCCAAUUUUGGACAGGAACCGUUUGUUUUCGAUAUCGAGGACAUGAUCAAGGAAUUAAGGGCUAGUACACGACUUUCUAUACAGGAUUUUCCGGUACCCGAAGGACAAGGCGAAUGGCAAGCACUUUUAAACAAAAUGGUCUCAACAUACUUAGUACAUCACGGAUACUCAAAUACAGCGGAAGCAUUCGCUCAUAUAACAGGACAAACUUUUUCAGAAGACAUAGGAUCAAUAAAGAAUAGACAAAGAAUUUUAAAACUUGUUUUAGCGGGUAGAAUGGGCGAAGCAAUCGAUAAAACAACCCGUUUAUAUCCAGGAUUAUUGGAACGCAACCAAAAUCUUCUAUUUAUGCUCAAGUGCCGUCAAUUUGUCGAAAUGGUGAACGGUUCUGAUGUGGAAGUUUGUCCCCGAAAGAAUCCAAUGUAUAAUUCAACCUCGCCCUACAGUUUGUCACCACGACCCGGAAGUCCAAUACAAACGUCCGUUAUACAAUCGACUAAAAGUUACGGUAGCAAUAAAGCAAAACCACCUCCAGCCACCGUCGAAGAACUUAACAAUCAAAAUAACGUCGUUGCUUUAAAUGGCAACAGUUGCGGUGGUGGGGACGAGGCUGUGAUAAAACCGGAAGACAGCGACAUCGAAAUGGAUACAGAGGAGGUCCAAAACGGACAUUCGGAUUCGUGUAAUGGAAAAAAUAUCACGACCAACUCUUCUUCAACAAAUGGAUAUCAAAACGGGAAUAAUUGUACGAAUAACAUUAUGUUUUCAGAAAAUAAUUCAUGUUUUGAUGAUGAAGAUGAAGACAUGGAUAUUGAUGGACCUGUAAUUAGAAAAUGUUGUAAACCAGCAGUAGAAAGAAUUUUAGAAUUUGGAAGAGAAUUAAAUAGUAUGAGUCAAAAAUUAGGAACUGAAAAUCAGGAAAAAAAUCAAAAAAUGUUAGUUGAUGCAUUUAGUUUACUAGCUUAUUCAAAUCCAUGGGCAAGUCCUGUUGGUUGGCAAUUGGAUCCAGUUCAAAGAGAAUCUAUAUGUGCUUCCUUAAAUUCAGCUAUUUUAGAAUCGAGUAAUAGGCCAAGAAGACCACCGUUAGAAGUGGCAAUGGCUCAUGCUCAGGAAUUAGUUCGUUUGAUGUCAAAUACGGGAAUUAGUUCAUGCGCUUUUGCGUCCAUAUCGGAUCUCUUGGAACACUGACCCCUCUUGAUACCACCAGUACUAACACACUGACUGCCAUCCGAAGUAAAGCAACGUGUUGUUGGUAAAGAUUGGGCCCCAAAAAUGAUUUUUUGAAAAGAAAAAACCAAAAAAGAAAUAAAAAUGAAGAUUAAGAGACAAAAAAGAAUCGAAAAUAAAAGAAUAACGAAGAAAAGAAAUUAAUAAUAAGGAUUAAAAAAAUAAAAAAAAAACGGUGAAGCUGUGUAAAUUAUUUUUUAAAAUUAAGUGAAUUUUAAAAGUUUUAUUAUUAAUUAACAAAUAAACUCUGUAGUACAAGAAGUGAACUUA